UCCCAGGUUACGGACGCCCGGGGAGGGGAAAUCAGAAACGGAGCAAACGGCUUCUUUCGUAGGCGGGAAAGAGGGAGGGAGCAGGCCGGAGGAGGGGCUGGCUUUUUCUUUCUUUGCAGGCGCUUAGUGAGUGCUCGGUGGCUGGCUAGGGCCGGCCCCAGAGACGCGGGGCUGCAGGCGGGGGAGGGAGGGGGAAAAAGAGAGAGAGGGAGACUCGCUCUGGUUCUCUCCUCUCCCCGUGGCUCUGCUCACUCACACGCGGGCCACCAGGGGUCGCUGCUCCUCCCCGCCUCCGCGGGGCGGGGGCGGAGACGGGGGCGGAGCCGGCGCCAAAAUCAAACCCGCGCCUCGGCCGCUCGGCUCCGCCUCUGCCCGCAGCUUCUCCCGCACCCAGCCAUGUCGAAGAAAAAAGGAUUGAGUGCAGAAGAGAAAAGAACUCGUAUGAUGGAGAUCUUUUUUGAGACGAAAGAUGUAUUUCAGUUGAAAGAUAUGGAGAAGAUUGCUCCCAGAGAGAAAGGAAUUACUGCCAUGUCAGUGAAGGAAGUCCUUCAAAGCCUAGUUGAUGAUGGCAUGGUGGACUCUGAGAGGAUUGGGACAUCUAAUUAUUUCUGGGCUUUUCCAAGCAAAGCGUUGCAUGCAAGGAAACGAAAACUAGAGACAUUGUCAACUCAGUUUUCAGAAGGGAAUCAGAAGAAAGAGAAUUUACAACAAAGCAUCAAGAGAGCUAAAAUUGGCCGGCAAGACACAGAAGAACGUGCCUCAUUCUUGAAGGAGCUUGUUUCCCUCCGGCAGCAGAAGGAGCAGCUAAAGGCUGAAUUAGAAAAAUACAAGGAAUGUGAUCCUGAAGUUGUAGAAGAAAUCCGUAAGUUUGCUUCCUGACUUGAGUGUGCUUUACAUCUGCAGUAAAUAGAGCCUAAAUCCU